UUGGCUAUGUCCAGUGAAUUUUGGGGUUCACUGGAUGCUUCUGGUAUAUUGUUUUUGGUUCUUUUUGCAUGUUUUCAUUUAAUUAUGUUGUAGAAGAGGAGAAAAAUAUUUCAAAGUACAGUUAAUGUUGUUUGUGUAUGUGCAACAUUUUAGAUUGUCACCAUGUCAGAGAAGGUCAUCUGUCUCAUUGAUCCAGAGGGAAAGGAAGGCCGCUAUGAUCGAAAGAUUCAACGUAGCUGGAGGAACUUUCUAAGACUUAAAGGAUAUGAUGAUGGGGGUGAAUGGCAGUUCCAGACAUUGGAGCACAACAAGCAGAAAGACUCCCACAGUUGUGGAGUUCUGCUAUUGAAAUUUGCAGAGAACUACCUCACAAAAGGAGGGCUAAUGGAUGUGUUAACCAGUGAGUCUGCCAUGAGAACUGCAAGGAUGGACAUAGCCUGUGCUCUCCUUGAAUACAGAGGUAAUACAACGAUAUGAUUCACAUACAGUAAUAUAUUUUAUCAUACAGCUCAUAAGGAUUCUUCUGCAAAAGUUCUGU